UCUUAGAGUAUGAGAGCUGGGACUAGCUCGACGCUGGUGGCUGAGAAGGCUUGAUGCUGUCUUGGCAGACGAGGCUGUACGCACGAGCGUCAGCUGCAAGCCCCUCUUUGCGCAAUCCCCCAUCUGCACGUACAAACCUUUACCUGACGAAUGCUAGUCAAUACGAAACUACUCCUGGCCGUCGCAUCUUGCAGACACCCAUAUCUAGGACGAAGAGCGCACUCAUGAUCCGGUUUGUGCAGCCAUGGACCCUCUAAGCGCCGUCAGCCUCGCGGGCAACGUGGUGCAAUUCCUGGAAUUCGGAGUCAAACUCAUCUCUAAAACGCACGAAAUCUACAAAUCCGGAGAGGGCGCCGAAAUCCGAAACAUCGAGCUGGACGCUAUCGCGAAUGAUUUGGUCGCUCUAAAUGACCGGGUGCGCAAUCGCUCCCGCAAAGUCUGCGAAUUUGCUAUCUCCGAAGAUGAAAAGUCCCUGCAGGCUCUGACGGAGCAGUGCAACAGGGUCGGCGAUGAGUUGAUCAGUGCGCUCGAGAGUGCCAAAGUGCAGCAGUCGCGGAAGAUGUGGAAAAGCGUGCGGCAGGCCCUGAAGAGCGUUUUGGGACGGGAUCGCAUUGCAGAGCUAUAUCACCGGCUUAAGCAGUAUCGCGAGCAGAUUGUGGUUGUAUUGCUGGUCAUCAAUAAUGCCAGACAGACUGCUGCAGACAGCAAGGUCGAGGAGAUUGGGCUGGGCGUUGUGAGCUCGGAAAAGAGGAUACUUGAUGAAACACGCCAGGCGCGUUUCCAGAUCCUUGACGCCAUUAGCCGCUCGAAUUAUAGUCCUGCAAAACCGGAGGAUGUAGCGACAGUGUCUGCACUACUCUCUGAGGUGGCUUCAUUCGCUUCAGAGAAGCAAAGCAGGGAGAAUGUCCUGGAGAGCCUCUACUAUCCGCGCAUGGGGGAUCGCCGGGAGUGGAUUUCGUCGGCACAUAGGAAGACGUUCAACUGGGCUUUGGAACACAGGAAGGACGAUACAAGGCCGUGGGAUGACCUCAAGGAAUGGCUGCUGCAGGGAAAUGGGAUAUACUGGUUAAGUGGUAAGGCAGGGUCAGGCAAAUCGACACUCAUGAAGUACAUUGACCAGGACGAGCGCACAACCCAGUUUCUCCGGGAAUGGGUAGCUCCCAUGGAUUUACUCUUUGCGAGAUUCUACUUCUGGAACCCUGGAACGACAAUGCAGAAAUCUCAAAAGGGCCUGCUACAGAGUCUGCUCUAUGAAAUCUUCACCCGGCGGCCGAGCCUGAUUCCCACGGUCUUGCCCUCACUGUGGAAUUCUCCAUCGGGGGUUAAUCGAAAGUAUUCAUGGACAACAUCAGAGCUGGUGAAUGCGUUCCAGCUGCUGGCGGAUACCCAAUUCGAUACAAAGUUCUGCUUUCUCAUUGACGGCCUGGAUGAGUUUGAUGGAGACCACCAGGUCCUGAUAGACAUGCUCUGCAACGUCUCCCGCAACCCAAACAUCAAGAUUCUCGCUGCUAGUCGCCCAUGGCUUGUCUUCCAAGACGCCUUCCAAGAUUACCCCAAAUUGGCGCUGCAGGACUUAACCCGCGGUGACAUCCAGGUCUUUGCGGACGACUCUUUGUACAACCAUCCACGGUUCUCGAGGCUGCUGUCUUUGGAGCCGGAACGCGCGCCGCAGCUUGUGCGUGAAAUUGUCGACAAGGCUUCCGGCGUUUUCCUCUGGGUCUACCUCGUGGUCAGGUCUCUCUUAGAGGGUCUAACAAACGCGGACCGCAUGGCCGACCUGCAGAGACGAUUGAAAGAGCUUCCGAUGGACCUGGAGCAAUAUUUUCUCCAUAUUCUGACCAGCCUAAACUCGUUCUAUCUCCAGCAGGCUUCACAGCUGUUCAGGCUGGCACUGGAGGCUCCUCGCCCCUUGGAAGUUCUCACCUUCUCCUACUUGGAUGAAGACGAUCCUGACUUUGCAUUGCGAAGCGAGAUCAAACCCCUAUCGAACGAGGAAGAGUCCAUACGCUGUGAAGAUAUUGAAAGACGGCUCAACAGCAGAUGCAAAGGGCUCUUGGAGUCCCGUCGGCGGCAGGCGUGCGAUGAAUACUCGACCGUGGACGGCGUGGUCGAGGGAAGGACUUUAUACGAAGUUGACUUUCUUCAUAGGACCGUGCGAGAUUUUCUGAUGACUCCGACGGUCCAUAUUCAGCUUGUUGCACAGGAUACUGCUGAUUUCGAUGCCAAUAUGGCGCUGGCAAGGGCGUACGUUGCCCAGAUCAAGGGCCUUCGGCGUGCCUCACAUUCAGAGGCGAACUUCCAGGCACUGUGGAGUUUAGUCUUUAGCAUGUUGUACCAUAUUGGCCGCGUGUCAGACAGUGUCUCCCCGCAAGCACAGGUUGAUCUGCUUGAAGAAAUGGACAGAGCUGCGAGGGUAUUCCGGCAGCUUGCCAUUGUGAAACGGCGAUGUCCCCAAGACGCACAUUGGGUGAAUACGGGCUACCGAUUCGGAUUCGAACCGGCCUGGAAUAAUAGUCUGCUGACGUUGUGUAUCCGACAUGGCUUGAUGACCUAUGUCUCGCAGAGGCUAGAUGUAGGAGAGCGCAACCGCUCUGGUAGGCCGCUUCUCGCAUUUGCAAUGAUGGUGCCUCGCACUACAGAACCAGUCACUGAGGACAUGAUUGCGUACACCGUACCGAGGGUUGACAUGGUUAAAUUGAUUCUCAGCCGAGGAGCGAGUCCGAAUGACUUGGAUGAGCAGCAGACGAUCUGGGCUCGCACUCUUAUAUCCAUAUACACGCUAGCAGCCAGAUCUGAGUCGGGCUUUUCCGAGCAGGCAAAGAGCUGGUUCCAGAUCACGAAGUUGAUGCUCCUGCACGGUGCGGACUCGCAAGCCGUUUGUAAAAUCCCAUUUGAGUCGAGCAGGCUGUUUGAUCGGGUGAGAGUUCAAAAGCACCAGACCACGUCGCACAAGAACCUAUACUCCGCACUUGACAUCAUCCAUAUCGUCUUUGGCGGAGACGCUGCAUUCGACAUGGCCGAAGUGGAAGAUAUCUCGGACCAGGACGCACCAAAGCCUCGGAGCGUUAGCGACUCAUACCUUGCAGUGCCUAGCAAUGUGGAACGUUCACACUCUUCUGCUUCCUCUGCGUCGAGAGUUACAGCAGCAAGUUGGCAACAUCCAACGGAGCAUAUUAAUCCAAACCGCCUGCUAAAGGAUUCCCAGCCAGCGUCCGACAAGCAGGCGCUGGCCACGGUACCAGUGGAGUUGGGACCCGAUACUACGCCGAGAGAGAGCAAACACAUUCGCAUAUCUAGUUGGCUCAAGAAGAAAUUCACGGUCUAGUACCAAUUAUUCUGGAUUACGAUGUAACCCAUAAGGAUUUUACGGAGUAUCUGAUUAUUCUAACGUAAAAAGGGUUGAGAUACCAAGAGUAUACAUUUUCAAGGCUCAUUGCUCUGAAGAGUAAUAGACAGCCAGAGGUAAUAUUCCGCGUUACAUAAAUAGAAGACGAGAACUAGAAUAGAAGAAAGACACUG